AUGUCGAAAUCAAACUCCCUCUACGGCAUCUCUCGCUCUAAAGCAACACCCCAAUCUCAAUCUGAUGCACCAUCCUCCUCUACGCUCGCCUUCACAACAGCCCUCUCCUCCCUCAUCAGCAAAGACACCGACUCCUCCACCCGUGGCCGGCCCCGACCUUCCAAAUCCAACAAAUCGGACAUCUUCACGCGCCACAACAAAGGCGCCCAGAAGCGUGCCGCUGCUGACAUCCACAACGAUGACUCCCAUCAGACGCACCAGCGGACCCAAGAUAUCGGGGGUUUGGACACCGCGACGCUGCACCGCUCCAAGCGGCGAAUGGAGGAGAAGGCGCGCAUGUACGAGGACCUGAAGAAGGGGCUGUACCUGGCGGCCGACAGUGACUCGGAAGAAGAUACGAAGGACAAGUAUCUAGAUCGGCUGCGGCGGAGGGAGAAGGAGGGCUUGGUAGAUUUUGAUCGGAAAUGGGCCGAUGCAGAGAGGGGCAAGGGCUCGGGGAGCGAUGGUGACGAGGAUAAGGAGGAAGAGAGAGAUGAUGACAAUGCAUCGAUUGUCUCCUAUGAGGAUGAACUUGGCCGGACUCGCCGUGGGACUAGAGCCGAGGCGGCUCAUGCGGCCCAGUUGAGAGAGGGAGGGAAUGAGCGGGGCGACCCCAGGGAGCGCUGGCGUCCUUCUCGCCCGGACAAUUUGAUCUACGGGGCUACUGUGCAGUCGGAGGCGUUCAAUCCUGAUGCCGGCAUGGCGGCACAGAUGUCAUAUCUUGCUAAGCGGAGAGAUCGGUCCCCUACUCCACCCGAAGAGAUGCAUUAUGAUGCAGAUGCCGAGGUUCGGAAUCGGGGAACAGGCUUUUACGCCUUCUCCAAGGAUGAUAAUUUGCGUAAGCAGCAGAUGGAGGAACUCAUGAAUGCGCGGGGUGAGACUCAGCGAGAACGGGACGGCCGCCGCGAGAGAAAGGCAGAGCGAGAACGGGUUAAGGAUGAGCGCAGGAAGAAAAUUGGAGAGCUGAGAUCCAAGAGACAGGCAGAGAUGUUUCUAGCUAAGCUGGGAGACGUUGGUGCUUGA